UGCUAAAGCGUUUGAUUAGCAAUUUCCUUUAUUUUAAGCAAAGUUACGUACAGAAGCGAAGUGAUUGAUUGAAAAAUGUUGAUGGAGUCAUUCCUGAAACCUGUUACCAUGAAAGCUGAAAUUAUUUAAACAGACAAAUUUUGCAAUCACGAAAUCCUAGUUUGCGCCAAAAAAUACGUAAAACUUCAUAAAAGUUCAUAAUGGCAAUGCUGGCAAAAACAUAUGAUAUUCGAGAGAUGAAUAUUAUCAUUAAUUAAAGUUUACGCAAAAGUGCGGUAUUAAAAUUUCAAAGCGAGGAGGCUGCAUUGCAAUGUUGAUUAGUGUGUAGCUAUUUUAUUUAAUAUCCAAAAUUUAAAAUUCAGUACCUGAAAUAAACUGCAAACUGUAAGCCGUCGUUAGUAUAAAGGGUCCCAGUGAUCUAUAAAAAGUAAACUUAAGAUUGAGCAUUUUAUCUUUACUUCUGUUGAAAAAGGGUGGACCAUUUUGCAACAUGAACGCCAGUGGUAAUACUUUAAGUACAUGUUCUGACACCAAAGGGUCAAGAUAUCGACAUAUUGGUGAUUUAACUGGAGAACCUCCUACAAGAGAGUUUACUGAGAUAUCAAUACCGGUGCCUUGGGGAUAUUUGGUUGGUAAAUGGUACGGCCCUCAAGAAAUACAGCCCAUAUUGGGCUUACAUGGUUGGCAAGAUAACGCUGGUAGUUUUGAUUUAUUAGUGCCCUUAUUACCGCCACAUGUGGCUUUUCUCUCUGUGGAUUUGCCAGGCCAUGGUCUUUCUUCUCGUUUACCAGAUGGCUGUUAUUACAAUUCGAUUGACAAUAUAUACUUGAUACGUGUUAUUAUGAAGAAAUAUAAAUGGGAGAAAUUAUACAUGAUUGGCCAUUCUAUGAGCUCAAUUAUUGGUUUCGUAUUUGCUGCUCUUUAUCCUAAUGAAAUGGGCAUGUUAAUCGGUCUUGAUGCUUUAAAGCCACAUCAAAGAGCGCCUCAUAAAAUGUUGAGAUCCUUAGAGACGCGAAUGAUUGGUUUUAUAGAAGAAGAUGAACGUAAUCGUAGUAAAGAUGAACCGCCGGCUUACACAUACAAUGAACUAAUUGAACGCGUUCACUUUGGCUCCUUUCAGUCUUUAAAUCAAGACGUUUGCAAGUUUAUGAUGGCACGUAACAUACAAAAGUCAUUGAAAUAUCCGGAUAAAUAUUAUUUUACACGUGACCGACGUUUAAAAUUUUAUAAUUAUACAAUCGGUUCCCAAGAACUUUGCAAUGAAAUGGCCAAACGUAUUACUUGCCCAUAUUUAUUCAUCAAAGGUCGUCAAUCUAUAUAUUUCGAGGAUAAAAAAUAUUAUGAUGAGACUAUAAAUGUAUUGAGAGCUAAAAAGAAUUUCGAGUACUUUGAAUGUGAUGGUACUCAUCAUUUGCAUAUGAAUAAUCCAGAAAAUAUUAUUGAUCCUAUAGUUGAUUUCAUUGAAAAGUAUGGCCCUCGGCAACGAGUGGAAAUUAAGGAACGUCACAUUGCAAUCAUUGAAAAACAAAGUAAACUUUAAAAAAAUCUUGUCAAUUGAUGUACUUAAGAGUAUUUUUAGAUUUGUUAGGUUAUUGAUAUUUUUUACGCUAUUUAUGGGCAGAGGAGGUUAUUCUAGCUUAAUCAUUCCAUUUGUAAUAUCAACUAGUAUACAUUCGAACAUGGUGAUUUAGAAGUCUCAAAAUAAAGGUUGCGUCCGUUCACAAAAAAAGUGAAACAACUAAGAAAGAAUCUAAUAUUUGUAUAUAUUCGUAAUAAAUCACAAUCUAGAGAAGAUAGGAUUCCGGUCAAUGAGUUGGCACGUCUAAAACCUCAAAAUUAGUUUGUGUUUAGGUUAUGAAAGCAUCCACCAUAAGCUUUUCAUCUGUGUUACGGUGAAUGUACCUAAUAAAGAUGUAAUGUAUGUACGUACAAAUCUACAAGUCAUAAAUGAAUAUUUGACUUGCCAACACUUUGUCACCCUUUUUUUUUUUACUUUUAGUUUUAUAGAAUUAAUCGAUUUGGUAAAUAAAGCAUACAUACUUAUGUUUCUGUAUUCUACCUAAUGGUGCGGCGCUUACUUCAAUUUAAUUUUAAAGUCUCUAGAAGAAGUUUGUCAUUAAUAGGAUAAUGUAAAAUAAUUCGAUAUGAGAUAACCAGUGCAUUAAUUAAUUAAUAUUUAAUUUAUUAAAUUAUGCCCCUACUUAUUCAUCGAAGUAUGCGAAAAUUUCACAAGUUGACGUGAUUAUUAAAUGCUUAUUGUAUUGAUUACUGUAUAAAAUUAGAAUGCAUUGUAAAAGUAUGUAUACAAAUAAGUUAAUAUUAUUUUUAAUUUAUUUUAUUUAUAGUAAAAAAAAGUAUUGUUAAAAGAGAGUUUUUUAUAUGUUCCAUUGCAACUAGUCGUGUAAAAGUAGAGCAUACAUUUAGUGCUACAUUUGAUGUAAGCCAAAAAUAAAUUUGAACACUUUCAAGUUGCACGCCUUUAAAUGAUUUUAUAACAUCGCUAAAACGUGGGGCCAACC